AUGUCCACCAUGCGACGUGCAAAGUCACCGCUCGAAGACUUUCUCCAUCGGGCCAGCAACGCCGGCCUACACAUAGAAGCGGAAGUAGAGAUGGAUCAAACGAGGGCUAACAGCAGCGGUAAUUGGGAGGUCGUGAAUGCAUCGCACUACGUAGAUGAACAGGACAAGGACGAGUGGGUUCUUGUCGGCAAGACAGAGGGCGAGAAGACGCAGGAAUGUAACGCGAAGCAGAGGGCGGACGAGCGGGCAAAGUAG